GCCACAGGCGCGCGGGUGAGGGCGCGCAUGCGCGGCAGUGCCAACGGUGUUCCCGGUUGUUCCGGCCGAAGCCGUUAUUGACGCUCGAGCUGCCAGUUUUGCAACGAUACAUUGAAGAAUAUGUCUUUGUCUCUUCAAGCCAACUAUAAACUGAAGCGCUGAAGUAUUUGGAAUGAAUCGUCUUGAAAUCUAGUGGGGGAAAAUGAGUGGUUCAAAACCUGAUAUUCUGUGGGCUCCACAUCAUGUGGACAGAUUUGUUGUUUGUGACUCAGAACUUUGUCUUUAUCGGACUGAAUCAGUUGGAAAUUUCGAAGUUAAGGCUGGUUCUUUGAGGCUAUCAGAGGACACCACAGCCACGUUGCUCGCAAUUAACUCUGACACGCCUUAUAUGAAAUGUGUGGCUUGGUAUCCUAAAUAUGAUCCUGAAUGUCUACUUGCUGUUGGACAAGCCAAUGGGCGAGUUGUGCUUACUAGCCUUGGUCAAGAUCGCAAUUCUAAAUUCAGAGAUUUGAUAGGAAAAGAAUUUGUUCCUAAGCAUGCUCGUCAGUGUAAUACACUAGCUUGGAAUCCUGUGGACAGCAACUGGCUUGCCGCUGGACUGGAUAAACACAGGGCAGAUUUCUCUGUACUCAUCUGGGAUAUCAGCAGCAAAUACACACCAGAAAUUGCUGUACCAGCAGAGAAAGUUCGACUUUCUGCUGGUGAUACAGAUGCUGGACUUGUUGUGACAAAGCCAUUGUAUGAACUAGGCCAGAAUGAUGCAAGUCUUUCCCUUUGCUGGCUCCCAAGAGAUCAAAAGCUGCUUUUGGCAGGUAUGCACCGCAAUCUUGCAAUCUUUGAUUUGAGAAACACCAGCCAAAAGAUGUUCGUCAAUACAAAAGCUGUUCAAGGUGUAACAGUUGACCCUCACUUCCAUGACCGCGUGGCAUCUUUCUUUGAAGGACAGGUGGCAAUCUGGGACCUGCGGAAGUUUGAAAAGCCAGUGCUGACAUUGACUGAACAACCCAAACCACUAACAAAAGUAGCUUGGUGUCCAACCAGAACUGGUUUGCUGGCCACAUUGACUAGAGAUACUAAUAUCAUUCGUCUGUAUGACAUGCAACAUACGCCAACGCCCAUUGGGGAUGAAACUGAGCCUACCAUAAUAGAAAGGAGUGUUCAGCCCUGUGAAAACUGCAUUGCCUCAUUUGCAUGGCAUCCAACAAAUCAGAACCGCAUGGUUGUUGUGACGUCGAACAGGCUGAUGUCAGAUUUCACUGUCUUUGAACGAAUAUCGUUGGCGUGGAAUCCAACUACUACUUUGAUGUGGGCAUGUGGCAGACACUUGUAUAACUGCAGUGAAGAGGGAGAAAGUAGUUCUGGCGAGAAGGAUGUUGCCACAAAAAUGAGACAGCGUGCACUGUCAAGAUAUGGUCUUGAUAUGGAGCAAGUGUGGAGAAAUCAUUUGUUGGCCGGAGAUGAUGACCCUCAGCUAAAAUCAUUAUGGUAUACUCUGCAUUUCAUGAAACAAUAUGCUGAAGAUGCAGAACAGAAAUCAUCUGUGAACAAAGUGCCUCUUGUGUACUCUGGCAUUAAAACUAUUUUAAAAUCAAGUGCAGAGAGAAAAACAGAGAGUUAUAAACACAGCUGGCUUGGAUCCGAUCGGCAGACAGGUGUUAUCAGAUACCAGAGUGAGGAACGAUGUUUGGCUCUGCAACUUUGUGGCUGGAUUCAGAAGGGUCCAGAUAUUGAUGUAGAUCCUUUCCUGAACUCAUUGGAACAAGGAGAAGAAUGGGAACGAGCUGCUGCUGUUGCACUUUUUAACCUUGACAUCCGAAGAGCAAUAGAGAUUCUUAAUAAGGGAGCUGCUUUAGUGAAAGGAGAUUUGAACCUGAACGUUGUAGCAAUGGCAUUGUCUGGUUACACCGAUGAAAAGGAUUCUUUGUGGCGAGAAAUGUGUAGUACUCUAAGAUUGCAGCUAAAUAAUCCUUAUCUCUGUGUCAUGUUUGCCUUUCUGACGAGUGAACCAGGAUCAUAUGAUGGUGUACUGUAUGAGAGCAGCGUUGCCGUGCGUGACAGAGUGGCCUUUGCCAAUAUGUUUCUAAAUGACACCCAGAUUCUUCGGUAUAUUGAUAAACUAACCAAUGAAAUGAAAGAAGCUGGAAACCUAGAGGGAAUUCUAUUAACAGGCUUGACGAAAGAUGGCAUUGACCUCAUGGAGAGUUAUGUCGAUCGGACUGGUGAUGUACAGACAGCAAGUUUCUGUAUGUUGCAGGGCUCACCCGGUGAUGUUGUGAAGGAUCCUAGGGUCCAGUAUUGGAUUGAGAAUUACAGGAACCUACUUGAUGCUUGGAGAUUCUGGCAUAAGAGGGCUGAAUUUGACAUUCACAGGAGUAAAUUGGACCCGUUUUCAAAACCUCUUGCACAGGUGUUUGUGAGCUGUAACUUCUGUGGAAAAUCCAUAUCAUACAGCUGUUCUGCCAUGCCGCAUCAGGGAAGAAGCUUCAGCCAGUAUGGUGUUAGUGGUUCUCCUACCAAAUCAAAGGUUACAAGCUGCCCAGGAUGUCGUAAACCUCUUCCACGUUGUGCACUCUGUCUUAUCAAUAUGGGAACACCAGUUUCGAGUUGUUUAGGAACGGGAAAGUCCGAUGAAAAGGUUGAUCUCAGCAAAGACAAAAAACUGGCUCAGUUCAAUAACUGGUUUACUUGGUGCCAAAAUUGUCGUCAUGGAGGCCAUGCUGGUCAUAUGCUCAGUUGGUUCAGAGAUCACCAUGAAUGUCCAGUGUCUGCAUGCGCCUGCAAGUGCAUGCAAUUGGAUACAACAGGAAACUUAAUCCCAGCAGAAAUAUCAUAGAGCUAAAAAAGACAUCCAUCUAUGACCGCUUCAUGUCUUUCAAGAUCUGUGUAUACAGUCACCAAGCUGCCAUAGUUAGAGAUAUUGGAGGAAAAAAUAAACUGUUCCAUCAAUUUGGCAGUUCUGGAAUCUGAAUGACUGUGCACAGAAUUUUUUGGGAUUCUAAGCAGAGAAUAAUCCUGAAUAGUCCACAAACUUGCCACUAAAAAUGAACCAACAUGUAGAUAAGCUAUGUUGCGUUACAUGUUCGUACUAAAAAUGCAUGGAAUCAUGUCCGAAUCAUAUUAGAUUUUUUUUUCCAAUCCCAGGACAUUAGAAUUGAUGUACAAAUAGGAAAAUUGAAAUAACAUGGAAUUAAGCAAAAUCAGAAUGGGUUCGUAUUCCAUUUGAUUUCUUGAGAAUUCCACAAUAACCCGGAGGUACAGUACACAGAAUAUGUGCACUUCAAGUGAUUCUGUCAUUACAGGUAUUAACCAUUUCCUGUGUGGGAUAUUGUAAGGAAUGUGGCAUGCUCUUCAUAAAACUUGAUCAUGCAUCUUUCCAUGCAAAUAUAAAUAAGGAAUUGAUCUGAUACUGAAGCAAUAACUAAUUAGGUAACUGGUAAUAAGGUGAAAUUAAAUUUGAGUACGUGAUAUCUAAUGUGGCCUUUAUUAGUGAAAACUAUAUAAUUGUGCAAAGUAUAUUGUGUUAAUUUAAAAGUAAUUGUACAAAAUGCAAUACCCACAAUUUAAGAAAAAUUGCAUUUACCAUUGUGGUAGUGCUGCUGAUAUAUUGUGUUCAUCCCUCCCUAAAGCCAAAGGUGUUAUAUUUUAAUUUGUUUUACAGAUUUGUAAAUAAAGUGUAACCAUUUGUAUCAGGAGUGUUUUCAACAAUGCAUGUGCACGACUCUCAAUGAAAUAGGCACCCGAGUGUCAAUGGGGGUGUGUGGAAGUUGAAAAAGAAAGUAAAUAUUUUGAAAAGGACUCCUGCCAAACCUCUAAUGCAGUUGUGUUGACAAGUAAAUAACCUACUAAAUUUAACUGAAGGUAAUUAAACAGAUAGAAAUUCUGAAAAACAUGGACUACUAUUCCAUCAAUGAAGGAAUAAAAGUCAUGCCAAACAUGUCUUGAACCUGAAGAAUAAUGCAUUUUCAUAAUUGAUAUCCCAUGAAUGACAAAGCUUUAAUCUUACAACAUGGAGAUGAAGUGCUAAUGCAGCACAACUGUAGUUUAAGGUACUAAAUUAUUAAAAGCCAAUGCAAUUAAAGAAA